AUGGAGUCCCCAGUCACUAAGACAACGCCGGGCAACGGUGCCCAGCAGCUGCUCCCUGGCAGGGGCUCUCCAUCACCUGCUGAGGUCAUUCCCUGCGUCAGCAUGGAACCGGAACCCCAGAGCCGAUUGCGUCACACAAACGUGCUGUUGGCUGCGUCAUCCACCCUUGUGGAGCGGUGGGAGCGGUGGCUCAGUCCGCUUGUGGGACCCGCAGGAAGUGGAACCAGAGAGAGCUUUGCGUCUACCUGGAGGCAUCCUGCUAUCAUGGAGAGGCUGAGAGCCCUUCGAGGUCUCUUUGCUUGUGUGGGCUGCGUGCCCAGACGGACGCGUCGCAGGGAGAGAAGCAGGGUGUCAAGCCCUGCCCCUACCUGCGCCGCGACCUUACUGCUUCAGCGCCUGCAAGAUCAGGAGGGUGACCGAGCGCAGGCGUACUGUGAGCUGGAGAGCGCCCUGUGCCAAGACAGCAGCCGCCCGCCGUGCGGAGUGGUGAACCGGCUGCUGGCAGAGGUGUCCCGGGACCUGACGGCAGCCCAGGGCGUGACCAGCAAUGUGAGCACAGCUGCCAGCAAUGUCCUGGUGGCUCUGGCUCGGACGCACUUCACCUUGGUGAUGGCUGAGCUCCAGAGCCACCUGAAGGCCACGGGGGACAUGUGCAAGGAGUUGGUGCUCAUCACCCUGAGCAAACUCUUCAGCACCUAUGCUCCACAGUGCAUCCCCUUUGUGUGGCUGAUGCUGGCAGGCCUGCGCAGUGUGGUGGGCCAGGUGAAGAGUGGCCAGAUCCUGCGCAUCGCUUGUGCUGUUGUGAAACAGUGGCUGGAUGGCGUGAAGAUUCACUUGUCCGCAGGAAUGCAAUGCCCCUGGCCUGCCAUGGAGAAAGAGCAGAUCUACGAAAACCUUCGUGAGCUGCUCUUCUCCGUCAUGUGGAACUGGCAGGACUGCCAGGAGGAACAGGACAAACAGGCCGUCCUUGGGGCUGUGGCUGCCAUGCUGGAGGUUCUCCUGCAAGAGGAGCGGCACCAAGAGCACGUCUGGGAGCAGCUCCUCUGGCUCGUUCACCCGUGUCAGGAGAUCCAAGACACCUGCAGGGUGGCCAAGAGCCUCACAGUCUUCCUGGAGGCCUUAGGGGGCACUGCGUCAGUCAUUCCAAGGGACAAGUUUCAGGACGUCACCAGCGCCGUGUUCUACCAGCUCUAUGACGACAGCAAGCAGCACAGCGAGGCUGAUCGCGCACAGCUGACCCACUGCAUCAUGCUGCAGGCCCGGCUCUGCCCAGAGGAAAUGAUCCUGUUUCUGCAGUCGCAGCUGGGCGAUGACUGGGAGCGUGGAUGCGCGGCAGCCCUGGGUCUGCUGGGUGCUCUGGCUCGCUCUGAUGAGCCCAUGAUGACAGAGAAGCUGCCCCAGGUCGUCGAGGCUGUGCAGCGUCUGUGCAGCGACCCCAGCAUCCGGGUGAGGACGGCUGUUCUUUAUUUCAUCAAGGAUCUGCUCAGUUCUAACACCUGGAGCUGCUCAGCCUGGGAUGUGGUGGGGCACAUCUUCAGGGAGUUCAGCCGUGCCACAGCAAGAAGGGCAGCCGGAGACCUUUCUGCCCAGGAAGCCCAGGAAGAAGGAGCUCUCCAGGAGCUGUGCAUGGACAUCCUGGGAUCACUGGAUGUCUCUGUGAGAGGGAUGUCCAAACUCCUGUGGCCACGGCUGCUGUUGUUUGUGGUGCCAGCGCAGUACACAGGCAUGCUGAUCCCAGUCUCCCGCUGUGUCUGUGCCCUGGCUGAGAAAGAGGAGCUGACAGGACGGCCGAUAGAACACCUGGAUCCCCAUUUUGUCAGCUCCAUGUUUCAAGGCCCACUGCUGACGCCCCACAUACUGCUGGCACGACUGCUGGUGGUGGCAGGCAGCCCUGUUGCAGGCAGCCAACUCCAAGCGGCUGCCUUACUGCUGAUGAAAAACCUCCACAGCAGGUUCCACAGAGCUGUGGGGGCCAUGUGGGCUACUGAGAUCCCCCUGCUGCUGCAGUGCCUUGAAGGGAAAGAUGAGAGCUUCCCGGACACUGCCGAGUUUGAGCGCCGUCUGCUAAAGGUACAGCAUUGCCGGGAGGCGCGGUGCAGAGGAGUGCUUGCCUGCCCCAAGUAG